AUGAAUGAAUCAGGCCGUGACCGUAAUUCGGAUGCAUCAAAAGGACAAUGGAUAUUUAACUCAGAGAAUUGCACAGGGUUUAAACGAGAGGAUACAACAACAUCGACGUGUUCUAAAGCCAAAUUUCCCAUUAUUCGGAAAUAA